UGAGAUUCUGCCAACGGCCGACAGGAUGUGUGCCAACGGGAUUCUGCAAUCAUGAGGCCUAAUGAGGGCAGACAAGCCCACUCAGCAGCUGAUGGAUUGGCGGCGAGCGGCGCGGCGGGGAAUAGGACGAUUGCGGAGGGGGAUAGCGGACUGCACGUGCUGAUAGAUGGCUCGAUCAUUCCGACGUCCCCGCCGGUCCCCUACCGGACCUGCGUUCGCCGAGAGGUGCCUCCGAGGUGCACCAGCUCUGUUGUGUUUCUGGACAAGCUAUUUUCAGCCUCCCUGGUGGCACCGGACAGGAGCGGAGCGGUGCAAAACGCUCGCUAUAAGUCCACCGCGUUUGUUCAGAUCUGCUCAACCUCCACGAAAGAAAGCUCCAGAGUUCCCGGGGUGGCCGUGUUGGGCGACGACGAUGGCAAGAAUUGGAUUCAGCGCGGAGAAGUGACAUCAACUCACGACAGGACAGAAGAAGCCCAACAACGUCCUGCGAGGUCCCCAACGGGUCGCGAGAUGGAUUAUUGUCGUUUCUACUUUAAGACUCUGGAAGCCUCACCCGAGUCCCUCAGUCUCAAAGAGGCUCUGGAGCUCUCCAGGCCAGACUUCAUCACCCGAUCUCGGGCUCGAGUGAGGAGGAUGGAACAGAGGAGGAGGAGGAGGAGGAGGAGGAAGACCAGCCCGGCGCAAGACGGAAGCAUGCGAAUGAGGAGGUGCACCACGCCGGAUCCGCUAAGCGAUAACCUUUUCAAGCCAAGAGAGAGGUCAAUUUCGGGCAGAGAAAUGCAGCAGCGAUCAAGAAGGAUGUACAACAAGCUGCCAGAGGUGGAAAGGAAAAAGCAGGAGGAGGAGAAGAGAGCAGUGUCACAGGCCAACAGACUGCGAGCAGACCUCUUAAAGAAGAGACUUCUGGACUACAUCCUGCAGAAAUGAAGAAGCUGCGCGGAACGGCAAACACUUAUUUCAAACAUACGUUCAGUAAAGUCAUUUCAUCUCCGUUUUUAUGCACCACAGUACAUGCAUGUUAUAAUCAUUUGAUAUAACACAUAAAUCAAAGAAUAUCUUAAAUCGCAUAUUGUUAGAAUACAGCAAUUCAACCGUCAUAUUCAUCAAAAUUCAAAAACUAAAGGGAGUGUGAUUCAAAUUGCAUUUACAUCAUACAUUGUGACUUUUAGUGCAGUCCAAAAAUAUUCCAAGGACGUUAUGAGUAUCGACUUUCCAGGCAAUGGAGCCCCCUCAGCAAAAAGCACCUUGACGGUGUCAUUGCGAAAGUAAAUGUUAAUAAAAUGCAACGCUUGGUGUUGGAGGGAAGAGUCUCACGUUUGUCUUGACCCCCGAGGCCUCCCCUGUGGAAAUUCCCAUCCGGAGCAUCGAAAUUCCAAGCUAAUCGAACUCAGGAGACCAAGCGGCCUUGCUGAAAGAGACCUUUUGUCAGCGAGCGGCGUAGCGGGAGGUGACAUUGUAACAGGAGAGAGGAGACCACCUUUAGCACGAUAAGAUGACUGACAUUUAAUCACAGCUUGGGGAGGAAUAAUAUUGACAUGUGUCGCAGCCCCCAAUAGAGUUGAAAUGUUGGAUGAGGAAAAAAAAAACUAUAAGUCUCAUAUUUAUUUUUUUGUCUGUCACUACAAUCUGGUCCAUAAAUAUUGGGACACAAUUUUCAUCUAUUUGGCUGUGAGGACCAAAUUCAGGUUUGUAAAUCUCUGUAA